AGUAACCAGAGAGAGAGAGACAGAGAGAGAGCAAACGGGUAUAGUUGUCUGUGGGGAGAAAAAGCAAGCAUACGCGUGCAAAACAAAGAAUGAAGCAACAUUUCAAAAGGAAAAGCAAAGACCAAGCUAAAGCGGUUUUGGACCCUAUUGUAUUCCAACAGAAACUCAUUUGAAUGAAUUGAAUGAAUUGUGACAGUAACGUUAGGCAGGAUAAUACUGCUGAUUCUGUGUAUAAAUCCAAUUUGUGUUGCCGGGAACUUGAAUUCAUUGACACACGUUGGGUUGCUGACACUGUCUUGCCGACAGUGCGCUUAAAAAAGCGGAGAAGCGAUUAUCUUCAGCAAGCAUGAGGAUUGCCUUGGCCAGAUCACUUGUCGUGUUUUUCCUGUGCUCCUGUGCGUCUCUUCUAUAUGUUUGGACCGGACUGGUUGAAAUCGGGCACGGCAGGUCCAAGCGGGCUUUGGGCACGCCGGGGGCGGCAGUUCUAACUCGCCAGCCAGAUAAACAAUCUCCAAAAACUUUCCGAGCUCUCCUGGAGGGGCAUGUGGUGCACAAAGCACGCUUCAGUGCGUAUAAGAAUAUCAGUAACCACACAGGCUAUGGGUCCGCUACCGGUAAUCUUAAAGUCGAGCAGACGAAUUUAAACACCCACAACAGCAACCACCAACAGGUACACACGGGACUGCAUGGGCUGGUAGAAGACGGGGUGUUCUGGAGCGAUCGACUGGAGUCGCUGUUGCCGAGAGGGUUUAGUAAUGCCCACGCUCAGAGCUGGAAGAGCGAAACCCGGGCAUCCCAGAUUGUAUCCCUGGAGAAGGGCUGCGGUCGGACUUCGAACCGACUGGCUCGUUUCUCAAACGGCACCAAAGCUUGUGUCAGAUACGGAAUCAACCCAGACCAGGUGCAGGGGGAGACCCUCUCCUACUACCUAGCCAUCCUCUUGGGCAUCCCAAACCUGCCGCCGCUUGUCCUCUCCCAAGUAAACCCCAACAGCGGACAAUGGUCAAGAGUGAGGGGGGAGGUAAUGGACUCGCAGUGGUCUGAGAACGCUGUUGUGUCGCUUACAGAAUGGGUGUCAAACUUAACCGGCGUAGUCACCCCAGCGCCCCUUAGACAGGAGGGCAGGAGGCUGCACCCGCUUCGGGAGGACUUGGAUAACAGGACUACAGGGGAAGUACUGGAGCUGGUUCAAUGGACCGACCUUAUCUUGUUUGACUACCUGACGGCCAACUUUGACAGGCUGGUCAGCAAUGUGUUUAGUCUGCAGUGGGACUCCAGAGUGAUGGAGAGAGACACCAGCAACCUCCACAAGGUUCCCAGCGGCGGGCUGGUGUUUAUAGACAACGAGGCCGGGCUGGUCCACGGCUACCGGGUGCUCGAAAUGUGGCAGAAGUACCACGAAACGCUACUGAGCUCGGUGUGUCUCUUUAGGAAAAUAACUGCCAGCCGGAUCUUUGAUAUGCACCGGCUCCAAGAUGCAGCAGCCAGACUACUGAUUCUAUACCGGGACAGCGAACCGCUAGCGCCAGAACUAGGGUUCUUGUCUGAGGACCAGGCUGGUAUUUUACAGAACCGUGUAGAUCAAUUGUACAAACAUAUAUUGAACUGCAAGGAAAAGUAUAGCCAGUUUUAAUAUAUUCAGGGUCUUAACGUUGUUUUCACGAUAAGGAACUAAGCAGUUAUGAAUGUCUUUUAAAGACGGGGAAUCUGCAAAUGAAAAAAAAACAAAACAUUUUGAUGUAGGUACAGCGUUAACAGACAAAUAUUUAGUGUGUGUGUCUUUAUACUAAAGUUCCCCUUUUAACAAUUACCUACCUCUGAACCGCGGGAAGGCUCCGUUUAUCUCUGGUUUAUUUAGUUUGAAAUUGGGGGCAAACGGAGCCGUGUUAAUAGCAUUCACUUUGAUUUAAUUUAUAUACCGACUAGAAAGAAAACAAACAAACAAAAAAAGAUUUGAAAACGCUGCUCCGAUAGAAAUGUAUUUGACCAGAAAUGCUAAUAACGGCUUAUUUAUAUCCACAGUCCUCUUAGGAGUGACGCGUAUUGUGUUACAAUGAAUGUGAUUGUGUUAGAACAAAGCACCUCAGAAUGACUGGAGUCUACAGUAGCUUUAUUAUAUAUAGGGAAAAAAGCGGUUUCUUAGAUUGAGAACAUCUUGUUCUGUGAAAUAGCCGUUAGAAUAGUACAGCAAAAGCUCUAACACGCAGCCUUAAUAUCAACACCCCGUAAUUUUGAGGAGAGAUUUGGAAUGUAUGAAAAGUUGUAAAGGAGGUAUGAAUAUGUAGCUUUCACAGCCCUUUCAAUUAGAAAGUAUUAAUUUGUAGUCUACCAACGCCUUAAAUUAGACAUGAUUCUAAGCGUCAGAAGCUUAAUGUACAGUUUUAAUGUAACAGAGAUUUUUCUUUUUUCUUUUUUUUUUUUAAAGAAAACAACACUAGUUGAAUAAAAAAUCUUGAGUUUUAUUAAACAUGUUAACACAAUACAUAUCUAUCGUCUUAUCAGCUAACAUUCCAUUGCUAUUUCUAUUGUCAAUUGUAUUUGUAUUGGUUGAUAAUACUGAAUCUAGCUUUUUUCACAUCUUCAACAUCAGUAGAAUAAAGGCUACCCCUAGCUCAGUGGUCCUCAAAGUGGUGUCCGUGGCAGAUGUUCUUAAAUUGUGGGUCGUGAACGCAUUUCUGGCGGGUCGUAGCGUGGGAAAAUAAAUAAACCUUUAAACACGCUUUCCAACAAAGCGUCACAGCAGUCUGUUGACAGUGCUGCUCGCUUAUGCUGUGCUUGUACGUACUCGACAUAUUCUUUUUUUUCCAUGAAGGGUCUCUAUGAUACAAUCAACCAAUUGAAUAUCUGCAUUUUCUCUGCGGUAGCCCAAUCAUAAGUUAGCUAGGUGGGACAUAAACUGGGUCUGUUUCAGUUGCAGGUACUGACAGUAAGUUUAACCAAUAGGAGAGUCAAAUAUCUGCCAAGUGUUUUAUGCAGCUGUCCAAUCAUAAGCAACCAGAGGCCGUUCACGGUAUUUUGCGUGAAAAUUAAAGGCGAGUGAGUAGCCAAUGGGAAAGUGAAAGAUCUGACAGCUGUCUAAUCGUUUGUGAGUAGAGGCGGGGUGUUAACAUGGGUGUAAGCAUUACAUUUCGCUGACUGUUAUUGAGAAAAAUAAUACAUUUCAGUAAUUAGAAUUAAAUUAUAUAUAUAAACACCAUAGUAGAUUUAGUUAUGAAUCCAUGUCGCGGGAAGGCAGUGUUUAAGAUAAGAACCUAUGCAAUAGUUGGCGUGCCCGCAAACAGCCAAUUAAGAUCAAUUUAUGCCCUUGCCCAAAUUAUUUUGAGGAUCACUACCCUAGCUGGACCUGCUUCUGUGAUUUUUUAAAAAUGAUUUAUGACGCAAGCUUUUAAAAGUUUCAAGUGGUCUCUUGGGUUGAGCACUGCUGGAUGCACAUCUCCUGUAUCUCAGCAUACUGGUCAUGUGGCUCCUUACUCAAACCACACUGCAGUGCAGCACUCCACUAUCCAGGGCUCUUAAUUGUGCCACAUAUGAAUAAUUUAUUUGGUACUCUACUCUGUAUUGCAGUAUAUUUAUACAGGCACUGGACCACAAUACACUGAAAUAUUGAGCUUUGUUUUUUUUUAAUAUGAUGCAUUUAUUGUGCUUUGCAAUAACUAUUUUUUGCUUGACCAGAUAUCCCUGUCCUUUACUAUAGAUACAGUAUUUAAAUGAACCCAUUGAACCACCUAUACAUUACUUUACUAUUUCCAUGGUUUACUGCUGUAGAAUUGUCCAUGUAUAAAGGUAUUAACACUGUUAUACUGUAGAAACAACUUGUUAGAGAUCCGGUUUUAAUAGCCCCUAACGCACAAUUAAAAUCUUGUAGUCAGGGAUUAAGAGUCAGUCUAAUGUGGCCGUGCUGUAUCUUAUUUUGGGAACCUUAAAGGAUUGUUGUUGGUAAAAAAAAUAAUCAAUACAAAUUGGAUCUGUCUUUGAGGAUCUGGACAAUUUUACUGUAUUCCACAAGGACAAUCAGAGACUCAGACCCAAAUGCAGGUAACAGUAUGCAUCAGGGCAUCAAAAGCAUUUCAGUUAAGAAAAUAAUAAUAAUAAUAAUAAUAAUAAUAAUAAUAAUAAUAAUAAUAAUAAUAAUAAUAAUAAUAGAAAAUGAUUGAAUAAUUUAAUUUCUGUUAGAAAUUCAAAGUGGGACACACAUUUCCCCUUUCCUUCAGCAUAGUAAACCCAGUGAUGUGAACCCCGACAGAACUCCCAUCAAAAUAGUUUGAUUUGUUUUAUUUUGCAACUGUUUGAAAGUUAAAUAGGACAGGCAAUUAGUCACAUUUUUGCAUUAGUUACUUAAUAAAGAGCCCUUAUGCCCGAGCAGUCCUAUUGUUCAGAAGAGCUGCUUAGUGUCACAUGGCUGAGCCUUUACCAGAAGCAGUCUUGUACACACUUGAAAACCAUGUAAGCCCAAGGGCCCUUCUGUAAGUCAAUGUGUAUUUAGUGUGAGCUAAAUAAAAGCAGUGUGUUGCAUUACCCAUUGCUACACUGGGAUGAAUGUUUCAGAAGCGUUUGCGAGCAGUUGGCGCUAGUUUAUAAUUGCGUUUAAACACUUAAAUAUAUACGUACACUUGAUCAGUUGUACGUAUAUAAAACACAGAUGCUGGGAUUAAAGAUUACAUUGCAAACUUCAUCUGGUGUUGAGGCAUCUUCAGUUUCUGCUGGUGUAUAGAUUUUGGUUGGAUGGCUUGGUUUUAAUGUUGCACAAGUUCAGACAGGCACUUACUGGCAAGGCCCCAGUGAUUCGGAAACACAAUGUUAAAUGCUGUGUUAGCUGAAUGAGUGCUACAGUGUCUGUAAAGAGCGAUUGCAGGACAGAAAGCUUCUUUCGUCUUUUGUUACUAAAAAUGAAAAUACUGCAUUCCAUGUUACUGUUAUUAAUGUACUGUAUGCUCUGUUUGUUAACAGAUGUAUCUCCAUCAAGCACUUUAUGUUGAAUUUGAUACUUUUAUGUGAUUACGAGGUUGUACGUAUUGGACUAUCAAAAUAAAUGAAAGUGUAAUAUUGA